AUGACUCUCUCCAUGAUCAAAAUUUUCUUAAUACUACUAUUAUUAACAAUUCUGCUUGACCUUCCAACAUCAAAAUCAUGUUUUCUUACUCGAAAGUAUCACGUACAUGUUAUCAACAAACUUCCUUCUAAUUCGUCUAAUCUUAAAAUUCAUUGUGCUGCUGGUGAUGACGAGCGUGGAAACCAUUAUCUUGCGGCUAAUCAAGAAUUUGAUUGGUCAUUUUGUCAAGGAUUUGCAUGGACAACGUUAUACUUUUGUCACUUUUGGUGGAAUUCAAAGGAUAAAGUGUUUGAUGUGUAUAAUGAUCCAGUACAUUGUGUUAAUGAUGGAAAACUUUCGAAGCUUACAACACAAUGUGCGUGGGUGGUGAAGCCAGAUGGUUUUUAUUUGGGAACUUAUAUAGGCCCCGGAAAAGUUGAAGAUAUGUAUCGUUAUGCUCAAUG